UCUACAUCAGCUGAGUGCUACUAACAACACUGAAUCAACUUCGAAUUGACUACGUUUCGAUAAAAAAUGAGUGAAAUUAUUGUUUUAUUUGAUGGGUUCUCAAACAUGAGUGGAAAAGAUCAGUUAGAUGCCAAUUGCAGUUGUACUCUGAUAAAAGGAAUGCAUAAUAUUAUUGUUGACACCAUGACAGCUUGGGAUGCGGAUAAGAUAAAAAAUGCCCUACAACAAAACCAAAUGAUACCUGAAGCAAUAAACUAUGUUGUGUCAACACAUGGACAUUCAGACCAUGUAGGAAAUAACAAUCUCUUUUUAAAUGCAAAACAUAUUGUUGGGUUCAGUAUAUCAUUUAGAGAAAAAUAUUUUAUGCACCCUUUUGAUAAAGGUGAAGAAUACAAAAUUAAUGAUAGUGUAAAAGUGAUACCAACCCCUGGACACACACAAUCUGAUGUCACAGUAAUUGCAACAACUAGAAGAGGAGAAGCAAUAGCUAUUACUGGUGAUUUAUUUGAAAGACGUGAAGAUAUUGAAAAUCCUAGUAUUUGGUUGGAAGCUGGAAGUGAAGACCCAGUACAGCAAAUGAAGAACAGAUCGAAAGUCGCAGAUUCAGCAAGCUGGAUUGUACCCGGUCAUGGUACUAAAUUUCGAGUGACUGAUGAAAUAAGACAAAUAUUAAGGAAACAAGCUCAAGAUAGUUCAUAGUAAAAAAUUCAAGUCCAUAAUGUAACUUUGAUAUUUUACUGCUGCAGAAAUAAAAAUACGAAAUAUUGAAGAAAAAAUUUAUUACACAUACAUAUUGGAAUUAGUAUUUGAAAUAUAUGAAAUAUUUAAUUAUAAAAGUACAGGAACAAACUAAGCAGAUCUAUUUCAAAGUAUAGAUUUCUUAACAUUGCAAAUAGGUAUACUUCCAUGCUUCUAUGUACUGUAACAGGACCAAACAAAUAUUCUUGUAAGUGCCUUAUAAAUGUUAAAAUCUUACUUAUGUAAUCCAACAAAAGAUGGACAUUGACACUGAUAGUAUAUUGUUUUAUUUUAAAAAGUUUGAUAGAAAACAUAGUAUAAAUAAUUUUUAGGGGCCAUUCUUUAAUUGUUGACUUUGAUGAUUUAAGGAUCAUGUUAAGAAAUAGUUAUUUUUGACCUAUGAACCUGAGAAACACUUCUUACACAAGGUUUCAUGUAGUUUUCCUAAACAGUUCAAAAUCAUUAGAAAAGGAAUACACUACAAGAGAGAAAAGGGAAAAAAAGGAGAGAAGGACUAGAAUACAGGAGUACAAUAAUCAUACUAGUAUUAUAAAUAUUAUAAUUGCGAAAGUGAAUUUCUGUGUUUAUUUACACUUUCGUCACGUGAUUUUUCAUGCAUGUUUUCAGGUGUACAAAAAAAUGUUUCAUCAAAUAAAAGUACUAUUCCCGAAGGGAUAUAUUUAAUUCUAUAUGAACGCGACACAAGCCGCGUGUGAAAGCUAGUAAUAUAAAAAAUUAUUAGAAAUGACACGAAUUCAUAGUUGUUUUAUCUAGUGGUUUGCUCACACUGUACAAAUUAUGUAAGAAUAGCUUGAUGUAGAGAUUAUUUUACACCUUCCCUUUCAGAACUUUUACAUAUGAAUGGACCCCUAUUUUUUUCACGAAAAUGACAGAUAUAAUAUUUACUAAUAUGCAGUUUAGAAAGCCACAAGCUCUAAGCAUUUGCUUUAUUACACCGGUUUUUAUUACAUUUCGAUUUGAUUACGGCAAUAGGUAAAUUGCAUAAAAGUGCAUUAACAUUA